AUGAAAUCUUCAACAAAGUGCGGGAUGGGUUGCGGAGGCUGUGUGCCUCUGGCUACUAGCAUUUUCAAUAGAGCACUCAAGGACGCUGGUGUUGAAAUCUCCAACCAUCUCUGCAAGGACUUCGCCUACUCACGGCAAGAACUAUACCAAAUUGUCAAGUUUAGAAGGCUCAAAGACUUCACGGCGGUAAUGAAAGUCGUUGGCAAAAAGGCUGACGGCCUUGGUUGUGAAGUUUGCAAGCCGGCCGUUGGUUCUAUCCUCAGCUCUUUAUACAACGAGAACAUCAUGAAACCUUCACUGCGACAGACACAAGAUACGAAUGAUCGAUAUCUCGCCAACGUGCAGCGGGAUGGUACGUAUUCGGUCGUUCCGCGUCUUCCCGCUGGUGAGGUUACCCCAGCAGGACUCAAGGUUAUUGGAGACGUCGCAGAAAAAUUUGGAUUAUAUACGAAAAUCACAGGUGGUCAACGCAUCGAUAUGUUUGGUGCAAAGAAGCAAGACCUGCCCCAAAUAUGGGAAUUUCUCAUCAAUGCCGGCUUUGAGAGCGGCCAUGCCUACGGAAAAGCACUUCGGACAGUCAAAUCAUGUGUCGGCAAUACCUGGUGCCGAUACGGAGUAGGCGACUCAGUCGGCCUUGCUGCUGAACUUGAGAAUCGCUAUAAGGGCCUACGGGCCCCCCACAAAUUCAAGGGUGGUGUAUCUGGAUGUGUCCGAGAAUGCGCCGAAGCACAAGGCAAAGACUUUGGUCUCAUUGCUACGCCGAAGGGCUGGAAUGUCUUUGUAGGCGGUAACGGGGGUGCAAAACCUCGUCACGCUGAACUACUCGUUGAGGACGUAACUCGACGGGAAGCAGUUAAAAUCCUUGACCGCUUCCUUAUUUUUUACAUUCAAUCAGCUGACAAACUCGAGAGGACGGCUCGGUGGAUUGAAAAGUACCCUGGCGGUCUCAAGGGCCUCAAAGAAGUUAUCGUUGACGACAAGCUGGGUAUAUGUGCCGACCUGGAAAAGCAGAUGGAAGUACUUGUUGGCUCAUAUCACUGUGAAUGGACGAAUGUUGUCAAUAAUCCAGAUCGACGAAAGGCCUUCAAACAGUUUGCCAACACAGAUGAAACACAGACGGUAUCAGAGAAAAUCACAGAGCGGGCACAGAAACGUCCUGUAGAUUGGCCCGAGGACAGUUCACCUCUUCAUUUCAGUUUACUAGAUAUCGCCAAGGAUGCUAAGUGGGAAUGGCGAUCUAUCUGUAGACUGUCUAACUUGGACCGCCAGAGUGAUGCACCGACAUCAGUGGCUGUCAAAUAUGGUGAGGUUCAGUUGGCAGUGUGGAACAUACCUGGUCGUGGCUUGCGAGCAUCACAAAAUAUGUGUCCUCAUAAGAAAGCGUUUGUGCUAGCAGAUGGCCUCGUAGGUGAAGAUGAGCAUGGUAGGGAGUACGUAUCAUGUCCAUUACACAAGAGGAACUACUUAUUGAAUCCCAAAGCAGCUGAGGGAGGCGGAAGCUGCUCGGAUGCCGACUACUCUAUCAUGACGUUUGAAGCCAAGGCAGAUGAGGAGAAUGAUGUUAUACUUCUCUAUCUUCCACCUACAGAAGCACUCGAUGCAGUACUCUCAACACGGAAGUGGAUGCUACGGAGAGCAGGCGAAGAGCUGAAGCUCUUGACAAAGGAUUCAGAGCAAGCAGUUGAGCUAGUGGAGCCACUCCCACUUGGCAAGAUGGCAGAUCCAUUGCUGAACCCCCUUCUCGCAACUCCGGUUAAAGUCUGUGGUAAUAGUGGUACACUUGACUGGUAGAAAUAGCCGAUAGAACCCUGCCGUAAGGUGUAUCGUCUAAGGUGUUUUUCUGCACUUCUAUUUCAUAUUAAUAUUGCCUUCAUUCUUUAUCAUUGUGUUGGCACUUUCAAUCCUAGAAGUAGAUAAGACCAGGCAUGGACGUUUUACCGGCCCAAUAAAUAGCCUAUUGAUCUCUGCU